AUGAAUACUCACUGUAUUCUAGCCAAAGGCAAAAAUAAAAGGAAAGUGUCACGAGGCGUGUCUGAGACGUGGGAUCUUAAAAGAAAGAUCCCUUGUAAAGCUUGCCUUUUUGACUUUGGCUUUAGCCCCUUUGGUGUUGGCUCCUGUGACUUUGGCUCCUGUGAUUCCAGCCCCUAUGGCUUUGGCCCUUCUGGUGGUAGCCCUAGUGGCUUUAGCUCUUAUAGCUCCAGCCUCUUUGGUGUUAGCCCCUAUAGUUUUAGCCCUUGUGGCUCUGACCCCUGUAGCACUAGUCCUUGUAGCUCCAGCCCCUUUGUUGCUGGCCCUUGUGGCUCCGACUCUAAUGGUUCGUCCCUUCUGGUACUGACCCUCUUGGUGCUAGCCCUUGUGGUGCUGGCCCUUAUGGCUCUAGCCCCUCUGAUGUUGGCUCUUUUGACUUCGACCCUUAUGGUUCCAACCUCAGUGGCUCUGCUAUCCCUUGUGGUUGCAACCCCUCUAAUGUUGGCCCAUAUAGUUCUGGCCCCAAUGGCUCUGCUGGCCCUUAUAGUUCUAGCCCGUUUGGUGCUAGCCCCUAUGUUUUUGGCCUUAGUGGCUCCGCUAGCCCUUGUGGCUCUGGCUUCCUUGGUGCUGGCCCUCAUGGUUUCGGCCCCAAUAGUUUCGCUAGCUCUUGUAACUCUGGCCCCUAUGGCUCGUACCCUAGUGGCUCCGCUAGCCCUUGUGGCUGCAGUCCUUUUGGUACUAGCUCGUGUGGUUCUGACCUUAGUGGCUCUGCUAGCCCUUGUGGCUCCACUCCCUAUGGCUCCUGUGGUUUUAGUCCUAGUGGCUCCGUUGACCCUUGUGGCUCCGACUUCCUUGAUGCUGGCCCCUAUAGUUUUAGCCCUUAUGACUCUGGCUCCUUUGGCAUUACCUGACCCUUAUGGCUUCGGCUCUUUGGUGUUAGCCCGUGUAGUUUCGGCUCCUCUGGUGCUGGCCCUAGUGGCACCACUGGCUCUUAUGGUUUUGACCCCUUUGGUGCUAGCUCCAAUGGCUCUGGCCCCUCUGGUGCUAGCCCCAGUAGCUCCAGGCCCUCUAGUAUCAGCCUCAAUGGCUCUGACUCUUUUGGCAAUGGCCCUAGAGGCUCUAGCCCCUUUGGUGCUGGCCACUGUGGCUCCACUGGCCCUUGUGGCUUUAGCCUUUAUGGUCAAGUAG